CUAUCGUACGACGAAAGAUUUUUAGGAACACGAAAGUCAAACGUGGCAGCAGUCCAUCUUUACAGAUAGUGAAUGUAUCAAAAAUUCAUUGAUCUAUCUUUAACACAUUUGUUUUAUAUUUUCACCAGUGGUUUGAUGCUCCAAAGGCGGUCGAUUCGCCAAGCUGAAAGUGCACAAGACAUAUUCAAAGCUAGGCAUGAAUUUUGGAAAUGUAGAAUGCCAAUGAUAUCUUGAAAAUAAUAAACGUAGAGGCGCCAUUGCUACGCGCCAUCUGGAUAUCGUCAAGAAGAAGUUAUGGUAGUGAGAAAUUGGAAAAACUUUCGAAUAACGCUGUUACUUUUCGUAAGAUCGUGUAUCAAGAGGAGAAACUUAUAAUUUGAAACUGGUAUAACAUCCACUUGUAAAUAUAAAAGUACUUAUGAAUAUAAUUUAUAAUAGCAGAUUGAUCACAAUUUCUUAACCUCAAUGUAUUAUAAGGAAUUUAGGAUCUCUGCGUUUGACACAUAAAUGAAAUGAAGAAAUUUAUUUUUCUUUUAAUACAUUAGAUGAAUGAUAAAAUAAUGAAUAAAGAUACCUGAUUUACAGGAAGCACUGAUACUGUAAAAACUUUGAUUUAAGGCCCACAUAGCAGAAUAUUUGCAAUGAGAGAACUUAUAAAAUUUAUCAUCAAACAUACAGUUUGAUUACAAGCUUAAUAUUGUUCCUAUUUAUUCAUGUUUUAUCUGAAUCUUCGAUAAUUAUUGAUAGAGGGCAUAGAAAAAUAUUAUUUUGAAUAAAAGAGAAGUAUUAAAAGUAAUGUUAAAUGCUAUAUCUAAGAAUAUAUACAGUUUAUGUUCGAAGAUAAUUUAAAGGAAUAUUCUAUAAUUUAAGUAUUUAAGACUAUUAUGUCAGUGCAAAUAUAUGCUAAGGCAUUACAAUUUAUUUACAAAGAAUGCUACUGUUUAAAUUACAUAUGUUACUUUAAAAUGAAAAUAAUAAAAAAUGUGUUAAAAAAAUAAAUGUAUUCAUAAAAGGAAUUUCCAAAUUAAAUAAAGAUCAGAUCAUAUAAAUAUGCAGAAUUCAAAGCUUAAUAGAGAUCAUGAUUAUGGAGAAUUAAUAUUAGAAAAUCAUAAAUAUACGACGAAUAUCAGCAGUCAAAAAGGUAUGCUUGAAAAUAAUUUAUCGAAAACUGCUUCGAAGCCUAUGAGAAUUGCUUCAACAAUAAAUAAAGAUACAUUAGGUGGACAAGUUAAAGAUAUAAAUGAAUUAAAAAAAAUAACACCUCGUGUAAAGCUUUUGGCUCACGAUGUAAAUAGUUUGAAGGAAUUAACAAAAAUUUCAUUGCAAAAUAAAUCACUAAAGCAAGAAAAAAUAUCAAUGUUUGAACAUACAAAGCAGGAAUUAAAAAAGUAUUGUCGGACUUGCGCUGGUUUGAAACUUCCAUUAGUUGAUAUUUUCAGUGAAAAAGGUAUUCAAAUGAGGCUGAGCCAACAGAUACAACAUUUAGAAGAAAUAAAUCCGCAUGACAGUUUAUCCACUCAAAUGUGUAUGGAUUGCAUUUGUGAUUUGAAAAUGAGUUACAAAUUUUUUAUGCAAAUUAAAAAAGCUGAAGUUAAGCUAAAAUCAAUUCAUGUUACAUUAACUGAUACAGUUGCACGUAAUAUGGAAGCAGAAAAAAUGCAAUCUUUGGCUAACAAUCAAAUUAAUCAAAAGCAAAUAGAAGAGACUUAUGAUUGUACUAUGGUUCCUGCACCAAUGGGCACUGAUAACGAUGAAAAUGUUCCAAAAAUAUCUGCAAUUUAUUCUUUAAAGGAUAUUUUAAACUCAAUAUCUUCAGAAAGUAAAGAAAAAGAGAAUCCUGAUGUAACAUUCAAAACUGAAUCUGACAUUUUUGAAGAUGUUACGGGUGAACAUCAUAGCGAUGAUAACGAAUCCAUAGAGGAAUUUGAUCCAGAUGAUCCGCCAUUUCAACCCGAUAGUUCUGACGCCGCAGAAUCCGAUGAUGAAAUUGAAAGUAGCCACGUAGAUAGAAGACGAAAUCCACAUAAGAAGGAAAAUGUAGAUAAGGCAAAUAAUCAAUCUUUUGUGUUCCAUGAUUCAUCGCGUAAUAAUUUGAUACAGAAUCAGGAUGAUGCUAAUCAAGAUUCCAAUCAAACCGUAUAUAAAUAUGACAUGGCAUUAAAGGCUUAUGUCAAAGUAGAGACUGCGCAGGACAAUAUAUUAAGUUCCAAAUUGCAAAUUGGCCCAAAGAUUGAAAUUAAAGAUAAUGAAUUUGGGAAAGACACUCCAAAGCAACCAAAUAUAUUGAAGCGCAGGCUUUUACAGCAAACAAAAAAGGAAGGCUUAGGAAAUAAUGAAGAGCUAAAAUGUACCUCGACUAAUGUAUCUGAUACUAAUGAAAGUCCGAAAGAUCCGAAAAUUCAAAAAUUAGAUAUGCAAAACCCAUUAAACAUUAAUGAUCCCCAAGAAGACGGAAUUAUGUACGUUACUGUGAAAGGUUCUAAGCCAAACGAAAUAUUAUUAGUAAAAGUUAAAAAGAUGGAUAAACCAUUUGAAAAGAAAGAUGAUAAGAAUUCAAGUAAAGUAAAAGGUUUUGAUUUUAAACCGGUUGGCAAAAUUUUAAAGAGAUACGAAACGUUAACAACAAAGGAAAAGAAUUUAUUUACGGAACGUACAAAAAAAUUGGAUAAGAGAGAACAGAUUAUAGAAGAACAAAUAGAAGAAUAUAAGAAAAAACGUGAAAAAGUUUUAGGCAGUCAGUCAAGUUUAACAAUGAAAAAUGAAGAAACGCCAAAUCGAUUUAUUAAACGGGUCGAAAGUUCUGAUGAUCAAAAGCCCGUUAUAUAUGAAGAAAGUAAUUCAAAUUUAAAAGCAGAAUCUGACGUAGACAGUAGUACAAUGAACAGUACUAUUCUCAAAGAUGAAAAUAAUAUUUCAGAUGUUUCAGAUUCUCUGCAAGAUAAGUCAGUCCAAGAAAAAGCAUAUGUGAACACAAAGGAGUAUUUAUCACGUUUAGCAAAACUUAAAUUGAAAUGGGAAGAAGCAAAGAAAAAGAAAGAAUAUUUACAGAAAGAACUUGAUCAGUCUUAUACAGAAGGAAAUAUGGAGAAAUUAUCGCGCAUUUUAGGAGAGAAAGAGAAAAAUUUGCUAGAGUUUCAAGAUUAUUUAAAGCAAAGAAAAAUUGUUAUCACCAGAUUAAAAGAUGAAGACAUCAUUUCGCUUUAUGAAGACAGAAAUAACACAUCUCUACAAAAAAGUUUACCAGACUUGAUUGACGAAACAACACCAGCAGAUUAUAUACCAGAGGAACAUUAUUUAGAGUGUGAUUAUUGUCCGGAAACGUUUGCUUCAAAAGAAGUUCUCGAAGAUCAUUUGAAAACGCAUGAUUUCAAAAUUAUGCAUUACUGUGAAGACUGUAUGGAAGAAUUUCCUACAAACAAAGCAAAAAGAAAUCAUAAUGUGGUAUGUUUUAAAAAAUUAUUAUGUAAAUAUUGUGAUGUAAUGUUAGAUUCGAAAGGCAAAAAGAGGCAGCACGAGCAAAAACAUUGUGAUAAUAUGUUUGGCCAGUUAUGUGAUAUUUGUGGUGAAAAAUUCAAACAUCAAGGGACAUUAGAUCAACACGUUAAAACGCAACAUAUGAGCUGGGAAAAAAUUUAUCAAUGUCCAAAAUGUCCAAAAAAGUUUGCUUUCAAACAAAAAUUGAGCUUUCAUUUAAAAUCUGUACACACAACAUUGAGAGCUUAUUUAUGUGAAGAUUGUGGGGCAGACUUUAAAAACCCUGCCAGUCUUAGACAUCACCGAAUUCGUAAACAUCAACCUGUAGGGAACAAAAGGGAGUGCCCGGUUUGUCAUAAAUUAGUACCAUUUUAUAGUCUUUCAAAGCAUAUGUAUACUCACAAAGCUUACACUAUACAAUGUCCGCAUUGUGAUAAAAUGUUUAAAAAUAGUUCAACGUUGAAACAACAUGUUAGAAUACAUGAAGAUCAACGACAAUAUCGUUGCGAUACUUGCGGCGUUGGAUUUAAUAGGAGGGAUGGAUUAAGGCUCCAUAUGAGAGUUCAUGAAAAAACUGAUAGUAGAGGACUGAAGGAAUGCUCCUGUCAAGUGUGCGGCGAGAAAUUUCCAAAUCAUUCUACACUUGUUAUACAUAGAAAUCGCGUACACAAAGAUGGAAGACAAUAUACAUGCCAUAUAUGUAAUAGAUCUAUGAUUUCAACAAGAUCAUUAGAAUGGCAUAUGUCUCAUAUACAUAACGAAUCACUUCCUGGGAUUGUGAAAGAGGCUGUAGAUGGAUUACCAGAAAAAAGAAGAGUUGCUUGUUAUCAUUGCAAUAAAACUUUCAAAACGGAAAUGAUUUUGAGAACACAUAUUAAAAAUACUCAUAUGGAGAAAGAUCCUAUGAAGUGUUUGGAUUGUGAUAUGACGUUUACUUCUGAGGUUAGAUUGAGGCAUCAUAUGAUGGUAACUCAUAAUAGGCUGGAAGGCACAUUGCCGUGUCCUCAUUGUCCAAAACGAUUUGUAAAUCAACUUAGAUUAAAGACUCAUAUGAUAUCUCAUUCUGAGGAAAGGCCGUAUACAUGCGAAAUAUGUGGUUUUAACUUAAAGACAAAGAUACAACUCAUCAAGCAUCAUCAAAAUAGACAUAGCGACGAAAGACCUUUACAGUGUAGAUACUGUCCUUGGAGGUGUAAACAAGUAAGCGCGCUUGUUUGUCAUGAAAGAACUCAUACAAACGAACGACCAUAUUCGUGUAGUGUUUGUAGACAACGUUUUAAGUAUUUGGGUGAUAAGAACAAACAUGAAAGACGUCACGAAAGUUUAGGAGGAUCUGGAUUUAAAAGAAUAGUACCUGGCAGAAAUAUUAAGCACUCGAAAGUUCAAGAAGAAACCUCUUGUUCUGAACAAGAACAGGAAGAACUGACACGUGUAAAUGCACAGCUUACAGAAGGUCAAUAUGAAGAACAAUCAAGUCAAGCAUUUGAAGAAAAAUUUGUGAAAGAACAAAUUGUCAAAUUUGAAGAACCAGAAAUUACAGAAGAAUACGAGCAGGUCUAUGAACAGGAUUAUGAAGAAACAUCGAGGGAAGCUUCCGAAGCUGCAGAAGUUAUCAUGAACAUGGAGGAUACCACUGUAUAUACAGAAGAAGUAACCGCAGACAACAUAGAAUCUGCAGAAAUAAUGGCAGAUGAAAUGAUGACAAAUGAAAUUUUACAGAGUGGAACUGUAGUACAUUUACAACAACAAGAUGAUUCUGGAAAAAUUCAAGUUAUUCCUGUAAUGUUAUCUUUACCUGACUUAUCUGAUACGAACGCAGAAGUCAAUUUAGCAACGGCAUCUAUAAUGUAUAACAAUUAAAAGGAAUGAUUUGACUAUUUAUGAUUAUGAUAAAAUCGUAUUUGUAAAGAAACAUUUUGUGGUUCUAGGUAAAAUUGUAUUGUGCUUUCUCUCUAAAGGAAAGUCACAUUCCUGUAAAAUAAAUUCAGGAUAUUUUCUAUAUUAAAGUAAUUAUACGAAUAAUGACUACAUAUAAAGUGUGAUAUUUGCGUACUCUGUAACAUAAAAAACGAUUUUUCACUGCUGAAGUAGCAGUUUUGUAAGGUUAUACAUAUAAAUAUAUAUGUUAACAAUGUAAAAUACGAUAAAACAAAGGCUUCAUAUUUGCAAUUCAUAUUGAAACACAAGUCUAUAAAAUUUUCAAGUUAUAAGGAAAUAAAUGGAAAAAGAAAAAAAAGAAAAUAUACUUUAUAGUAAAUAGAAAUAAUUAUUAUUUGCUAUAUUAUGAUACUAUGUACAAAUCUAUAUAAAAAAAAAAGAAAAAAAAAAAAAGAAAAAAAAAAGAAAAAAAAAAAAAAAAAAAGAAAGGAAUAAGAAUGUUAAAUAUUAAUGCAAUGUUAGAUAAUCAUUUAUUUGUAAGAUCGACAGUAUCAUUAAGCAUAUGUUUGUAUAUUUGAGAUCUUGUCCAUUUAUCAAACUUACUUAUUCCAUUACAAGAUGUCAUUAUGGAAUAUAGGAUUCACUUGGAAAACAACAUAUUUGUAAACAUAAUAGCUUUGCAAAGAAAACAUAAUAAAUCCUUUGAUAUAAAUAGUAUAUAUUUUAAAUAUACGAAUAGAAUAAGAUAAAAAAUAUGAAUUUAUAAGUUUUAUUUGAAAUUACGUUACAAUCGAGAUUUUUUAAAUAUUCUUCCCUCUGUAUAAUCAGUAUAAUCAAUUACGAUUAACUGUGUUAAUCUCUUUAUAUUAUGAUUAUUCUUUGGAAAGUAUAUUUGAAAUUUUUCAAUUUAUGGAUACAAUCCAUAAAGAACAAAAAGCAAUUAUUUUUAAUUUAUUAUACGAAUAUAUUAAAGUAUCUAUCACAAUAAUAACACAAUUAUAAUAAUGUUCGCUUAUUACAAUAUUCAUUUGUAACAUUUUUUACCUUUUGUCCUAGACAUCUAUAAUUUUGAUUUACUUGUUAGAAAAGCAGUAUUGAUCAGUUAUGUAAUGCAAAACAUAAAAUAUGCUGAUAUAAAUUCCGUACUUUAUUUUGUCAUAUUGUUUUCAUUUUUUAUCCAACUUCGUCUGUACGUUAUCGUGGUAAUAAAAAAUAUUUUCACUAUCAUAAAUUCUUUGUUCUGUUACUUUAGCAGCCUUCGAAAAGCCAAAUAUCGUGUGCACGUAAUGUGUUUAUUAUUUAGUUGAAUACAUUGAAUUAUUCUCAUUUGUACAUAAUCAUUAUAAAGUUUGUUUUCUCUUUCAUAAGUAUUUUGUAACUAAUUUGUACCUUACGCUACUAAAGCUAUAUAUAUUAUCUUAUCAAUUCGAAAUAUUUUCAAUAUUACAUACCAUAUAUGUCACACAUUUCGUAUUCUUUGUUAAUACAUAUACAUAUGUAAAAUAUAUAUAUAUAUAUAUA